AUCUAUGCUGGCGCCGUCUAAAAUAGUUAUCUCAUGCCAAGCGCUAGAAUGGUACAGUCAAUCGUGCUGUUUUAAUUAGUGAAUGCAGGACUUGAUUCAUUAGCGCUCUGCAUAAAUAUUAUCGGUAAAAUGGAUGCAUACGACAUUUUUAAAAAAUUGACCGUUGGGGUAAAAUUUGAUUUGAAGCGAUUUCGACGUGAUGCCGAAAGAUUUCAACUUAUUAAAAAGCCAGCAGUUAAAGAUGUAAAUGUAAACAUGGGAAACACAGAUCUUGAUGAUCAGAAUCUAUCGAUCAAGAGGAAACGCGACGAUGACGAAGAAAAAAAGGAGGAUGAGCACAAAGAAAAUACUCAAACUUUAACACUUGUCAAUGGUAUAUCAGUGCCAACAGAUGGAAGCAAAAUUAAGCGAAAGAAGCAAAAGACCUUGACAGAAGAUAAGAACCUAAAACUGGAACAAGAAAAGAUUAAUCACUUACGAAAUCAACAUCACAUAUCAGCCAUAGGCUCACACAUUCCGCCGCCUAUACAAUCUUUUGACGAAUUAAAAGAUUAUCAAGUUGCAGAUGAUUUAUUAGACAAUAUGAAAAACCAUGGAUAUACACAACCUACACCUAUUCAGAUGCAAGCUAUGCCUAUAAUGUUACAGGGCAGGCAAAUUCUUGGUUGCGCACCGACAGGUUCUGGAAAGACUGCUGCAUUUUUGUUACCAAUCAUACACCAAUUGGCCGGCCCACAAAAAAAAGGAUUUCGAGCAAUCAUUGUCAACCCUACUAGAGAACUGGCAAAGCAAACUUAUAGAGAAUGUAUGAGGCUCAGCGAAGGUCGUGAUUUUAGAGUACAUAUAAUUAGUAAAAUAAAUCAAGCUUUGGCAAAGUAUGGACCAAAUAGUUCUAAAAAAUAUGACAUUUUAAUAACAACACCAAACAGGCUUGUAUUUUUGUUAAAUCAAGACCCACCUGCAAUAUCUCUAUCCAGCGUUGAGUGGUUAAUCGUUGACGAAGCUGACAAGUUGUUUGAAGAGGGAACUCGCGGAUUUCGAGACCAAUUAGAUGAAAUCUCAAGAGCCUGUACAAACAGUAAUUUACGUCGAGCAAUGUUCAGUGCCACCAAUACUCCGGCGGUGACCAAAUGGUGCCGUCAUAAUCUCAAAGGUCUUAUAACGGUGACAAUUGGACAAAGAAAUGCUGCAGCGGAACUUGUGGAACAAGAACUACUUUUUGUUGGAAACGAAGGAGGAAAAUUAAUCGCAUUUAGGAACAUUAUCCAAAAGGGAAUGACCCCUCCAGUGCUUGUCUUCGUACAAAGCAAAGAAAGAGCUCAAGAACUUUUCAACGAGCUCAUAUAUGAUGGAAUAAAUGUGGACGUCAUUCAUGCUGACAGGACUCAAACACAAAGAGAUAAUGUCGUUCGCUGCUUCCGAGAGGGAAAAAUCUGGGUCUUAAUAUGUACCGAACUUAUGAGCAGAGGCAUUGACUUCAAAGGCGUUAACCUCGUUAUUAAUUACGACUUUCCAACGUCUGCUAUUUCCUACGUACAUCGAAUUGGUCGUACGGGCCGAGCUGGCCACAGAGGAAAAGCAAUAACUUUUUUUACUCAAUACGACACCGUGAAUUUACGUAGCAUCGCUGCUGUAAUGAAAGCAUCUGGAUGCGAAGUACCAGAAUACAUGUUGGCAAUGAAAAAACACAGUAAAAAGGUGAAACGAAAACUUGAAAGGGAAGCUCCUAAACGAGAGUCUAUAUCAACAAUCCCAAUCUAUGAAAAACAACGCAAGGAAAGGAGAAUGAAACGUCUCGAAGGCAACAUGAAGAGUAAAGAAACUAAAGAUAAUUCCACUGCAGCAACUGAAUCCUCUGUAGAUAAUAAUAAACAUGAAAUUAUUAGGGUGAGGAAAGGCAAUGAUAAUUCAACUAGUAACGGUAGAUUUUUAGUAAAAAGUAAAAAGCAUUUUAACAAAUUCAAAGGUGACACAGACGUAAAGAAAAUAUCAUCAGGAAGUAACAAAAUGCACGGGAACGUUGUAAAGAAAAAGAAAAGGUUAAUAAAAGUAAAUUCAUAAAUCGAAUCUGACGCGAAAAGUGAAAUUAUGUCAACCUGACAUGCAUUUCAAGCAUGUAGUUACAUUUUAUAUACUGAACUGUAUUUCAUUAAGUUUUACCGUAAAUGUCUUAUAAAAAAACCUCACAAUUACUUAUAAAAAUUGUUAUAGACUAGAAGGUAAGGAAACCCUAAAUUAAAGAACUGAAUUAUCGUCAUGGAUUUGAAAUGUUGCUAAGUCAAUAUUUUAAAAGAAAAUGCCUGAAAUAAAGUGUCGAAAAGAAAUCUUUCUUAAA